AUGAGAAAUCUCCUAAUUCUCGGGCUUGCAGCCCUUUUUGCGGUCAGCGUUUUCUGUGAAGAAGCUGAAAAGAAGGAAACCAAGUAUGGAACUAUUAUCGGAAUUGAUCUCGGAACCACCUAUUCGUGCGUCGGAGUUUUCAAGAAUGGUCGUGUUGAAAUCAUUGCCAACGACCAAGGAAACCGCAUCACCCCAUCGUAUGUCGCCUUCUCUGGAGAUCAAGGAGAGCGUUUGAUUGGAGACGCCGCCAAAAAUCAGCUCACCAUCAAUCCAGAAAACACUAUCUUCGAUGCCAAACGUCUUAUUGGAAGAGAUUUCAACGAUAAGACAGUUCAAGCUGAUGUCAAACUCUGGCCAUUCCGCGUCGUCGACAAAGCUAACAAGCCACAUGUCCAGGUUAAGGUUGGAAGCGAGCAGAAGCAAUUCACCCCAGAGGAAGUUUCUGCUAUGGUCCUUACCAAGAUGAAGGAAAUCGCCGAAGCUUAUUUGGGAAAGGAGGUCAAGAACGCUGUCGUCACUGUUCCAGCUUACUUCAAUGAUGCUCAACGUCAAGCUACUAAGGAUGCCGGAACUAUUGCUGGAUUAAACGUUGUCCGUAUUAUCAAUGAACCAACCGCCGCUGCCAUCGCCUACGGACUUGACAAGAAAGAGGGAGAACGCAACAUCCUCGUCUUCGAUCUUGGAGGUGGUACUUUCGAUGUGUCCAUGCUCACCAUUGACAAUGGAGUUUUCGAAGUUUUGGCCACCAACGGAGAUACUCACUUGGGAGGAGAGGACUUCGACCAGAGGGUUAUGGAAUACUUCAUCAAGCUUUACAAGAAGAAGACCGGAAAGGACAUUCGCAAGGACAAGCGUGCUGUUCAGAAGCUUCGUCGUGAAUGCGAAAAGGCUAAGAGAGCUCUCUCAACCCAACAUCAAGUUAAGGUCGAGGUUGAAUCUCUCUUCGAAGGAGAAGACUUCUCUGAGACUCUUACCCGUGCCAAAUUCGAGGAGCUCAACAUGGACCUUUUCCGUGCUACCCUUAAGCCAGUCCAGAAGGUUCUCGAAGAUUCUGACUUGAAGAAGGAAGAUGUUCACGAAAUCGUUCUUGUCGGAGGAUCCACUAGAAUUCCAAAGGUUCAACAGCUUAUCAAGGAGUUCUUCAACGGCAAGGAACCAUCCCGCGGAAUUAACCCUGAUGAGGCCGUCGCUUACGGAGCCGCCGUCCAAGGAGGAGUCAUCUCUGGAGAAGAAGAUACUGGAGAGAUAGUUCUUCUUGAUGUCAAUCCAUUGACCCUCGGUAUUGAGACAGUUGGAGGAGUCAUGACUAAGCUUAUCGCAAGAAACACCGUCAUCCCAACCAAGAAGUCUCAAGUCUUCUCUACCGCUGCCGAUAACCAGCCAACUGUUACCAUCCAGGUCUUCGAAGGAGAACGACCAAUGACUAAGGAUAACCAUCAACUCGGAAAGUUUGACCUUACUGGAAUCCCACCAGCCCCAAGAGGAGUUCCUCAAAUUGAGGUCACUUUCGAAAUUGACGUCAAUGGUAUCCUUCAUGUUACUGCUGAAGAUAAGGGAACUGGAAACAAAAACAAGAUCACUAUCACCAACGAUCAGAACAGACUCAGCCCCGAAGAUAUCGAACGAAUGAUUAAUGAUGCUGAGAAAUUCGCUGAAGAUGACAAGAAGGUUAAAGAGAAGGCUGAGGCUCGCAACGAACUUGAGUCUUACGCUUAUUCGCUCAAAAAUCAAAUUGAGGAUAAGGAGAAGCUCGGAGGAAAGCUUGAUGCUGACGACAAGAAGACUAUUGAGGAAGCUGUUGAGGAGGCCAUUUCCUGGUUGGGAAGCAACGCCGAAGCCUCUGCUGAAGAACUCAAAGAGCAGAAGAAAGAUCUUGAAGGAAAGGUUCAACCAAUCAUCAGCAAGCUCUACAAAGAUGCCGGUGGUGCUGGAGGUGAAGCUGGAGCUGACGAGGGAACCGACGAGAAAGACGAGCUUUAA